AUGUCCAGGCCGAUUCUUUCUGGAAGGAUUGGAAAAUGGGCAUUACUGUUGUUUGAGUUCGAUAUCAAAUUCAUUCCACAAAAGGCCAUUAAAGAACAAGCUUUGGUGGAUUUCCUUGCUGACCACCCAAUUCCAACGGAAUGGGAACUUCAGGAAGACCUUCCCGAUGAAGAUGUUCUAUUCACCGAAAUCGUACCAUCAUGGAGGCUAUACUUCGACGGGGUAGCCCGAAAUUAUGGUGCCGGAGCAAGAGUAGUCUUCAUCACUCCUCAUGAUCUCGUCAUGCCCUACUCAUUUGCCUUAUCAGAGAAAUGUUCGAAUAAUGUGGCAAAAUAUCAAGCUCUUAGCAUCGGCUUAGAGACAGCCUUGGAUAUGGAUAUCCACCAACUGGAAGUCUUUGGAGAUUCCAAAUUGAUAAUCAACCAACUUUUAGAUGAAUAUGAAGUCCGUAAUUCUGACUUGAAGUCGUAUCAUGAACGUGCAACAAUGCUUAUGAGACAAUUUGAUUCGAUAAAAAUCAAAUUCGUCCCGAGAAAUGAAAAUAGGGAAGCUGAUGCCUUAGCUAAUUUGGUUGCUGUUUUAGCUAGAUCAGAUGAAGAAUUUUCCCACUCCAUAUCAAUUGCUCAAAGAUGGGUGUUUUCGUCAUUGCUACCCAGUAAUUUGGAAGAAAACAAUAGUGUCGAAGUAGAUGAAGGUGAGGAAAGAGAAGAUUGGGGACAGCCAAUAAUUGAUUUCCUUCAACAUCAAAAUCUACCAGAUAAUCCAAGGUAA